CGGAAAACCACACAUAGCAAAUCAAGAAGCUCUUUUCCAGCCAGAACUCUGCGCCUCACAAGACAAUGAAUCGGCCAGGUCAACCACAACGAGCAGGAAGUCUCGCCCCUCCAGGCAGCCUCGCCUCCCAGUUCCGCUCACCAUAUCCCACAUCCCAGUUCUCGAUGCCACAACGGAGUUAUCCAUCACCAGGCAUACAGCCGCAAAACACGCAUCGCGCCUCCGCACAACCACAAUCCCCUUUCAUGCCGACGCGCACACAGGGACAGGCAGGCGGGUACCCUUUCAAUCAAGUCGCGGGUCCGCCAGGACAGAAUGGUCCUCCACCCUCUGCUUCAGCAACGAGCGACGUAGGCUUCGAUCCAAGCGACUUCCCAGCACUUGGGUCACUAUCUGCAAGCAACCAGCCAAAUGCAUCGAAUCAGAACAACUCGGGGGGAAACGGCGCGACCCCAGGUGCCGGCGCGACGCCGACGAGCUAUGCCAGCCAGGCAGGUCAGAGCGGCUCGGCGGUCCCGCCUGGUGGGCAGCAGGGCCGAGAUUUCGGUCCUGAGGAUUUUCCAGCACUGGGAGGCUCACAACCUACUCAGCAGCUAGGUGGUGGCGUGCAAGGCCAAGGACAACCCCCGAAUCCGGCACAGGCAUCCGAAUCACAGAAUAUGUUACAUCCACCGGGACUGAAUGGCUUUAAUGACCAGCAUCGGACGAGUCUGUUAGGCUCGCUGAACAUUGGCACACAACAGGUGGUCGGUGGAGUGUCGCCAUCUACGCAACAGCCAGGUACGCCGGGCAUGCUCAAUCUCCGUGGCAUACACCCUGGAUUUUCGUCGCAAGAAAUUGAAAAACCAAGGUCAAAUGGGGCACUAACACCAGGCGCUGGUCAUACACCAAACCCCGUCUCUGGUCAGCCACAAUCAGUACAGGCCCAGACGACACCAGUGUCUGCACAACCUCCACAGGGGCAAAACCCCGGGCAAAUUCAACAGCAGAUGCAAUCGCAACAACAGCCUCAGCAACAUUUAAAUGCGCCUCCGGGUGUCUCAUUACCAGGAUCGGGGACAUAUGUCCCCAACGGCGGCCAGCAUCCCAUACAGCAGCAGCAACAACAACAGGCUCUGCCCAGUAUACACCCACAACAGCAGCAACAGGAAGUGCCUCCACAUGCUCAGAACGUGCACACGCCGGGGCAGAUACAGCAACAUCCAGAGACACCUGCACAGCAGGUGCUCAUGUCGGCAGCAGACCGAUGGGGGCUCCUCGGGCUCAUUGCGAUGAUUAAGAACGCGGCUAUCGACGCGGAUGGUGGUCUCAGUAGCGUAGGCACGGACCUCGGUGCGGUGGGGCUUGACAUGGGCUACGAAGGUAACUUGUACUCAACGUUCAUCACGCCGUGGGCAGACCAAUCCGCAGCUCACACUGUAGAACCGGACUUUCACCUGCCGUCGUGCUAUAACGUCCAGCCGCCGCCGCCGGGGCCGAGUAAAGCGGCUGCGUUCAGCGAUGAGACGCUCUUCUUCAUGUUUUACUCGAGUCCGCGAGACGCGCUGCAGGAAGUCGCGGCUCAGGAACUAUGGAAUCGCAACUGGAGAUACCACAAGGAUCUCCGGAUCUGGAUAACCAAAGAGAGCGGCUCCGCGCCUUCGUCCAAGAUCCCCGGCGGUGAGGCAGGCACGUACACGUGGUGGGAUCCCGAAUCGUGGUGCAAAGAGCGCAAGGAGAUGAACGUCCGGUACGCGGACCUCGAGGAGAAAACCGUCCCCGCAUUCGCCAUGGGGCCCGGGCUCGUCCCCGCACAGGGUGGCCAGGGCCAUUUGCCCAACGCUGGCCAGCAACAACAGCAGCAGCAGGGCCUCGGUGCCCAGCAACGUCUGCAGCAGAUGGCUGUCGCAGGCGGCAUAUAAGGACUUGGAGUAACGCCUCUUCGCGAGAAGGCGUAGUGAACGUUCCUUAACCAGAGUAGUUUUCUGUUUGCCUUUUUCUCUCUCACUCAAGCUCAAGACGCAUAUCAUCAAUGUUUGCCUGUCGCGUUUCACGCACGGAUGCGAUGUUUGUAUCUCUAAUCACCCGCCUCCCCAUUUCAUUAUUCUUCCACAUAAUGUGAUCAGAUCAUAUUAUUUGAUGACACCUAAAU